UUGGACAUCAUUAUGUCUGUUACACCCUAAAAGGCGAGGAAACUGGAUUCUGGCACAUUGCUUCCAUCCUGAGUUAUUAGACGGGAUUUUGGAGACUAUAAUCCAUAUGCUUUGUUCACGCUGGAUAAAAAUAUGUCGACGCGGUGGAUACGGAGUCCGCUGGGGAUAUAUAUAGUCCUUGUUCUUUUGGACUGCUGCUGGGAAGCGGUGUCCGGACAGCUCUCAUACUCUGUAUCAGAGGAGGUAAACCCGGGGACUUCUGUGGGAAAUCUCGCUAAAGAUCUAAACCUUAAUGUCCACGACUUAGAGGCACGUAUGUUUCAGAUUGUGAGCGGAUCAAAGAGGAAAUAUUUCGAUGUAAAUCUGAAAACUGGUGUUCUUUAUGUGAAUGAAAGAAUAGACCGUGAGGAGCUUUGUGCGAAGGCGACAAAAUGUACUGUCAGUGUAGAGGCCGUGAUUAACAACCCGCUGAAGCUUUAUCGUUUGGAGGUAAAUAUAGUCGAUAUAAAUGAUAACGCGCCCUUUUUCCCCGAGAAGGUGCAGUCUCUUAACAUUGCUGAAAGUACUGUGCCAGGUGGGAAAUUUGGAUUUGUCGGGGCAUCGGAUCUGGAUGUUGGUAAGAAUAGUGUGAGUACAUACAAGCUGAGUCCAAAUGAUUAUUUUUCUUUAGAGGUUCACAAAGGAGGAGAGAGCGUGUCUGCUGAGCUCGUGCUUCAGAAAGCUUUAGACCGAGAGAAACAACGUACUGUGAGACUUACGGUGACUGCAGUCGACGGAGGAAAUCCACCCAAAUCAGGAACGUCUCAGAUAAAUAUUAACGUUCUAGACAACAACGACAAUGCUCCGGUUUUCAGCAGCUCUUUAUAUAAGGCUCGCAUUUCUGAGAAUUUAGCAGUAGGUAAAACUGUUAUAGUUCUGAAUGCGACAGACGCAGAUGAGGGAUUAAAUGCUGAAAUCGAGUAUUCGUUGAGAAGUAAAGGUCAGGAUCACAUUUUAGAUUUAUUUGAAAUUGAUUCUAAAACAGGUGCAAUUUCAGUCAGAGGACAGAUCGACUAUGAAGAACACCAAGCUUUUGAGAUACAUGCACAGGCCAGUGACAAAGGGCAGCCUCCGAUGUCUGCUCAUUGCAAGGUGCUGGUAGAAGUGGUGGACCUAAACGACAACGCUCCUGAGAUCACAGUGACGUCACUGCUAAACACAGUGAAGGAGGAUGCAAAAGUAGGUACUGCUAUAGCACUUGUUUCUGUACUGGAUAAAGAUGGAGGUAAAAACGGUGUAGUAAAAGCUGUCAUUGCAAAUGAUGCUCCCUUUAAAUUAGAGACAAAUUAUAAAAAUUAUUAUUCGUUAGUAGUUGAUGGUCCGCUCGACAGAGAGACUGUGGCCGAGUACAAUGUCACCAUCGUAGCGACUGAUGAAGGGACUCCACCUCUCUCCAGCACCAACAUAGUGACAGUUCAUGUUUCUGAUGUCAAUGAUAAUCCGCCUCGCUUCUCAGAGCCGCUGGUUAAUGUUUAUGUUAAAGAGAACAGUCCAGUGGGAGCAGUUAUUAAAACUGUGACUGCAGCUGAUGCUGAUAUCAAUCAGAAUGGUCAGGUGAGCUAUUCUUUUCUACAAAGUAACAGUAACUCACUGCCGUUAUCUACGAUGGUAAACAUCAACUCAGAGACUGGAGAUAUAGUCAGCCUGCAGUCUUUUAACUAUGAGGAGCUGAAAACGUUUCAGUUUAAAGUUCAGGCCACAGACUCUGGUGUUCCUCCGCUCAGCAGCAACGUGACUGUCAACGUUUUAAUCCUGGAUGAAAAUGACAAUAAUCCAACAAUUCUCGCGCCAUAUUCUGAGCACGGCUCCGUUAACAGUGAGAGCAUCCCCUAUUCCGCUGAAGCGGGAUACUUUGUGGCAAAGAUCAGGGCUGUAGACGCAGACUCUGGAUACAAUGCGCUGCUCUCUUAUCACCUCUCUGAGCCCAAAGGAAACAACCUCUUCCGCAUCGGAACCAGCACCGGAGAAAUCAGGACUAAGAGGAGAAUGAGUGACAAUGACCUGAAAACUCACCCCUUGGUGGUGUUGGUGUCUGAUAACGGAGAACCCUCCCUGUCAGCUACUGUGUCUAUUGAGGUGGUGGUGGUUGAGAGCACAGCUGACAUCCAGACUCAGUUCAGACAUGUGCCCAUAAAGGAGGACAGCUUCUCUGCGCUGAACCUCUAUCUGCUGAUCGCCAUUGUGUCGGUGUCAGUCAUCUUUCUGCUCAGCCUCAUCAGUUUAAUAGCUGUCAAAUGCCACAGGACAGACGGCACUUUCAGCAGGUACAGCGCCCCAAUGAUCACCACCCACCCUGACGGGAGCUGGUCUUACUCCAAAGCUACUCAGCAGUAUGACGUGUGUUUCAGCUCAGACACACUCAAGAGUGACGUAGUGGUUUUCCCCGCACCGUUUCCGCCUGUAGAUGCUGAGCUGAUCAGUAUUAAUGGAGGAGACACUUUUACCAGAACUCAGACUUUACCCAACAAAGAAAAGGUAAGAAACUAUGAAAAACUACAUGUGUUCAUAUAA